AGGCUAGAUAUAUACACAACAUCAUCCCCUCAAACCAAUCACACAUCUCCUUACCGGUGGUGUGGUUGAUGGCGAUCCGAGAACAGCCAAGACGGUCCCGAAAGCUUAUCUUGACCGUCGCACCGCAUCUAGAUCUAGGUUACCGCCCAACCAGUAAGAUAAAUUGGCCUCAUAUUCAACCAUCGUAUCGCAUGAUAGCAUACGUACUUCUGCUUUAGGGGCCAUGGACCAGGGACAUAGCCGCUUAAACCCCGAAUAUCAUGGUCGGUGAUCUACAGACACUAUCCUUCGUUUGGCAUAUCUUUUGUGCUAAUUUUCCUGUGUUCUUGCUUGUCAUCCUCGAGACUUAGCCGAGCCCAACUGGAAUAGCUCUGUAGUUAGUAGGGCGUAAGCUCGCCCAUUUAGUCUAUGAAUACCCUCUCCUUUUCUGUUCUCGACCUUCCUUCCUCGGUAUAAAGAAAAUCUCAUAAACUUGUCCCUUUACAUUGUCAAUCUAAAUUCGUAGGCAAAAUGCCUCGUUAUAGAUCUCAGUCUCGGUCACCGUCCUCGUCGUUUUCCUCAGACUCUUAUGCCCGCUCACCAUCCCGUUCCCACCACAGGAGUCUGUCAAUGGACUCACCAUCCCAUCAUCAUCAUCGCCAUCGCGGUUCAACAUCAUCGUCUCAUACUCACAGCACGAAAGACAAGCUCAAGACCUCCCUGGUCAUUCUCGGUGCUAUAGGGGCUGCAUCAUUAGCUGCAUCCAAGCUUUGGCCGAAAGGCAUCUUAUACGGCGAGAAGGAAUCUUGGGCCCAUGAGGCCAAAGAAGAAGUCAAGCACGCUCUACACAGAGGUGGAUCAGACGAUAGCGAACGACGGAGAAGGACACGGAGUACUGGACACGCCGACCAUGACACUAGACGACGACGAUCCCAGCGAGUCGAGAUACGAGAUGAGGUAGUUGCUAUCAAGCCCGACGGUCGCCAAAGAUACGUGGAUACUGGCUGGGUCCGGUCCCCGGACGGAAGCAGAGAUUAUCAUAGCAGGAGGCCGAUAGUGGAAUCUCGAGACGAUGGGAAGCAUGAUGUUGAUAACGAUUCCUAUGAACAGCAGGAGUCUGGAGGUUCAUCAAACACGACCUCAACUUGAUGGAUUUUGGGGUGGUUUAUGAUUGAUACGUACUUAUUUUUCAACGAUAAUGAUCCGAAUUAUUAUGACUAUGGAGUCUGAGACUUGUAUGGUAAUAUGACUAUGUAUUUUCAAAGUUGGCAUUUUUGAUGUGGACUUAUAAGCGGAGUUACUCAAUCCGGAGCCCUGGAGUUAUAGGUACAUACCUCCUACAGCUAAACUGGACUCCGUUACUGGAGAAUAAAAGAUGGGCUACAUGUAACUACCUAAUGCAAUUCUUCAAAUGGGAUAACUUUUAUGGUCUCAUGGCGCAAAAAAAAACCCCCCAAAAACACAGCAGGGGCUAUGCAUUCACGAGAAAUGAAGUAUGUUUUUUAUGGCUCUGAAAAGAAAGAAAGCAUUGAACUGGUUCAGGGUACGAAGAUCCAUCCACGGAUGUCCAUUUGGUGGAUAUCAGUGAUUGGGUUUCGGGAAGAUAGUGGUCCCUACAGCCCUGUAAGCUACCUAGGUGCAUGAAGUUCCACAUUAUCGGGCUUAUUUACUUGCAUAGUAGAUCCUUGUAGCAACAGCUUCUUCACCUCCUUUAAGUCGUGUCUUAAUCCCAUUCAUCAACUCAAGUAGCUAUGCCUACAAAACCAACAUUGAAGCACUUUAGCAUUCA